GUUUUUCAUCAUCAAAGAGAGCUUUCUGCUGUACUACUCUGAGAGUGAGAAGAAGAGCUUUGAAACCAACAAGUACUUCAAUAUACACCCCAAGGGCGUCAUCCCUUUGGGGGGCUGCCUGGUGGAGGCCAAGGAAGAGCCCAGCAUGCCCUAUGCCAUGAAGAUCUCGCACCAGGACUUCCACGGCAACGUCCUGCUAGCCGCGGAGUCCGAGUUCGAGCAGACGCAGUGGCUGGAAAUGCUGCAAGAGUCUGGGAAGGUCACCUGGAAGAACGCCCAGCUGGGAGAAGCUAUGAUCAAAAGCCUGGAGGCCCAGGGGCUGCAGUUGGCGAAGGAAAAGCAGGAGUAUUUAGACAAACUGAUGGAAGAGACUGAAGAACUGUGCCUGCAGAGGGAGCAGAGAGAGGAGCUCGAGCGCCUGAACCAGGUGCUGGAGGCGGAGAAGCAGCAGUUCGAGGAGGUGGUGCAGGAGCUGAGAGUGGAGCAGGAGCAGAUCAAGAGGGAGCUAGAACUCACUGCGAGAUGCCUCAAGGGCGUGGAACAAGAAAAGAAGGAACUGCGGCAGCUCACGGAAUCUUUGCAGCAGACGCUGGAGGAACUCUCCAUAGAGAAGAAGAAAACGCUAGAAAUGCUGGAGGAGGAUGAGAACCAGCCGCAGUCCCUGGCCAAUCAGCGUGAGCAGGCGUCUGCCAUUGGGGAUCUCCAUAGCAACCUAAGGCAGAUCGAGGAGCGGAUUCAGCAGCUCUUGGCGGAGAAGCUCCUGGCGGAGAAGCGGAUGAAGGAGAACGAGGAGCGCUCGCGGGCCCUGGAGGAGGAGCGGGAGUUCUACUCCAGCCAGUCCCAGGCGCUGCAGAACUCGCUGCAGGAGCUGACGGCAGAGAAGCAGCAGGCCGAGCGGGAGCUCAAGGCCGAGGUGAAGGUCCGAAUGGACCUGGAGCGGCGUCUGCGGGAGGCGGAGGGGGCUUUGCAGAGCCUGGAGCAAGGGCUCAACUCCAAGGUGCGGAAUAAGGAGAAGGAGGAGCGGAUGCGGGCGGACGUGAGCCAUCUGAAGAGGUUCUUCGAGGAGUGCAUCCGCAACGCAGAGCUGGAGGCCAAGAUGCCGGUCAUCAUGAAGAACUCCGUGUACAUCCACAAGGCGGCCACGCGCCGCAUCAAGAGCUGCCGCUUCCACCGGCGCCGCUCCAGCACCUCCUGGAACGACAUGAAGCCGUCCCAGUCCUUCAUGAACUCUCAGCUGGAAGCCAGCAACAUCGAAGAGCUGAAGGAGGUGGCCAAGCGGCUCAGCCGGGACCAGCGCUUCCGGGAGUCCAUUUACCACAUCAUGGCCACCCAGCCUGGCGCUGCCUCCGUGCUCCCCCGGGCUGGAAAGUGAGGGCUCUCCUCCCUGCGCAAGUCUGGGGCGGCAGAGGAGGCCCAGUUCCAUGGGGCUCUGCGCCACCUGGGGGCCAGCCUCGCCCUCCCAGGACGGGACGCCACCCACACCCUGUCCUUCCCUGCGGCUCCAACCUGGGUGCUGCUCCGGUUGCCAUGGUGAGGGGAGGAAGGGCCUGGCUGUGCGCGACUGCUGCUGGGCAGGGCGUGGGGUGGGGACGCUGCCUGCGCCUGGACGCUGCCUCUCUGGCUGAAGGCCACAGCCCCCCGCACCGCUGUACCUGGUCCUCGGUGUGAUAAACAGCCUCACCUUCAAAGGUGGGGCCCGCCCCCGCCUCACCCUUCCCAGGCUUUCCUACCCUGCGCCUGGCCUCAGAGAUGUCCCUGGUCACAGCCUCCGCUUCCUCCAUGUCCCAGGAGGGCAGGAAGGCCCAGGCCACGCUGUCAGGUUCCGGGGUUGGCUGGCCCUGGCUGCGGGACCGCCUGCCGGCUCCCCCCGCACACCCACACGCAGCCCAGCGACCUGCAAGAGGGGUGGGGCCCACCGUGUCCCUCCUGGACCCUGGCUGGGGCUGGGGCCAGCAGCAGCAGCGCAGGCAGUCCCAGAGGACAUGGGACAGAGCUCAGGCGUGGCAAAGGCUCAGGCAGAGACAGCUGUCCCUGCUACAGUGGCCCGGUGGGCCCAUCGUCUCCAUCACCUGCAGAGGCUUCACCCAGUGAACUAACGCAGCCGUGACCCCCGCCCAUGGGGCGCCUGGGGCUGGGAUGAACCAGUAGCCACGGGUGGGCUCCGUGUCGGGGUUGAGGCUGUGCACCCGUCUGCAGUUUCUAUGGAGACCACCACCCUCAGGAGGCUGGAGGGUCACAGGAUGUCCCUCACCCGUGAGCCUCCCAGGCCCACCCUCUGAAGCUACCUGUCUGUCCAUCUCUCCAGAAAAGGGAUCUACACAGGACUGGGGGGUUCUGGGACACUGGUGGUGUUAAAGGUACUGGUUCUCUGCUCUUCAGAAAACAGACUUUCUGGUGGAUGAGCAGAUGGCUGUGGGCAAGUCCCAGCAGGAGGUGCGGGUCCCUGAGAAGCCGCAGCAGGCUGUGCAGAUGCGGAGGGAGGCUCCCUCGGGAGCAGGCCCGUCUGCCGCUCUGCCAGCCGGGACACCGCACUGUCUUGCUCUUCCAUACCUGGAGAAACCGACGCUGACGGUGCCAUCUCAGGGACGGCCAGUUAGUGGGACUGACCCUGGGGGCACUUGGGAACCAGUGCAUCUGAAUGUAAAUGUAAAAGCUUUAAAUAUGUGUAAUCCUGCAUAACCUGGAACAUGUUUAACCAAUAUGUACGGAGAAUGAACUUUGAAACAAGGCGGAAGAUGUAUAAAGCCAAGAUUACUGA